AUGACAUCUUCAAGCUCUGCCCAGCAUCCAGCAGCCGAGAAUGCCUGCAGAAUCACACUCGGACAAGUUAACCAGGUGCGACCCAAAUUGCCGCUUCUGAAGAUUCUACAGGCUGCAGGUGCCCAAGGUGAAACCUUCACACUGAAAGAGGUUAUGCAUUACCUAGGACAGUAUAUAAUGGUGAGGCAGCUAUACGACAAAAGGCAACAGCACAUGGUCUAUUGUGGAGGAGAUCAGCUAGGAGAACUGCUGGGACUGGAGAGCUUCUCUGUAAAAGAUCCAAGCCCAGUCUAUGACAUGUUGAAACGGAACCUGACUUCUGCUGCAAUGGCAGAUGCUGCACAGAAUCUCGCAAAGGAACAGAGCGUCGAUAAGCCAAGCCAAGACCAGCUGAAGUUUAGCCGUCAAGAAGGUUCCGACACUGGCAUCAUGGAGGGUGAAAGCAAUGCUUCUGCUUUGUCUACCUCAGAGCAAAAAUGUGAGAAUUAUGAAGACAAAGACUUAAUAGAAAACCUCUCUAAAAGCAAGAAGCCUAAACUGGACCUAGUGUUUGAGGAAUGGGAUGUAGCUGGUCUUCCAUGGUGGUUUUUAGGCAACCUCAGAAGCAAUUACAAGUCCAGAAGUAAUGGAUCAACAGAUAUUCAGACUAACCAGGAUUUUCAGCCUCUCCCUGUGUGUUCCUGUCCCAGCCUUUCACAUCAGGUGGACAUAGACACUGCCAUUGUUUCGGAUACUACUGAUGACUUGUGGUUCCUCAACGAAUGCCCAUCAGAUCAGAGCAGUGCUGCAGUCAAGGUGGAAACGCUUGACUGUGAGGAAGUGAAAGAAGGUGACAAAAAGGUACCUCUUCAAACAGCCACAGAUGCAUGUUUGCAUGACUUGGAGGAUUCUCAGUGCUUAAGUGAUGACACAGAUACAGAAGCUGCUUCUGAGGACUGCUGGCAAUGCACCAAAUGCAAGAAAUUUAACUCUCCAGGCAAACGGUACUGUUACCGCUGCUGGGCCUUACGGAAGGACUGGUACUCAGAUUGUCCCAAACUGGCUCAUUCUCUUUCUCUGUCCAACAUUGAUGCUAUGCAAAACAAAAACGAUGAUGAAGGGAUAGAUGUCCCAGACUGCCGAAGGACUAUUUCUGCUCCAGUUGGCCAACCCAAAGACCUGUACGUGGUAGAGAACAAAUCACGUGUAGAUCCCUGCAGCUCUAUUGAAUCUUUGGAUUUGGCACGAGAAUGUGAAAGCAAGGAGUCUCUGUUGCAUUUCACUGAGCAUAAAAAGGAGGAAGAAAUACAGUCUUUAGAGAGUAUAAAAAAAUUACUGAAUCCUUGCUUCUUAUGCCAUCACAGACCACGGGAUGGGAAUAUUGUCCAUGGAAGGACUGCUCACCUUGUGGCCUGUUUCAGGUGUGCAAAGAUGCUGAAGAAAAAGAGAUCACCUUGCCCAGUGUGCAGGAAAGAGAUUGAGAUGGUGAUCAGGAUCUUUAUGGGGUAG